UGCAGCUCAUCCCCCACCCCCCCAUCCCAGCUCCCACCUUGGGGGGGAAGGAGCUUAUUUGCAUAGCCCCGCCCCCUGCCGCACCUAGAAAACCCAGUGCCUCCCAGUGCAUCCCAGUGCCCACCAUGGCUGUGGAGAAGGAGAAGAAAUCCUGCGGGCAGGUGAUGGCGGAGUGGAGGCAAUUCAUCUGGGACCCACGCACCCACCAAUUCAUGGGCCGUACUGGGACCAGUUGGGCGCUGAUCCUGCUCUUCUACCUGGUCUUCUACGGGUUCCUGACAGCGCUGUUCAUACUCACCAUGUGGGUCCUGCUCCAGACUGUGGACCCACACAUGCCCAAGUACCAGGACCGCCUGGCCACGCCUGGCGUGAUGAUUCGCCCCAAGACGGAGGCCUUGGACGUGACCUUCAAUGUGAGCAACACAGAGACCUGGGAUCACUACGUGAAAAUGCUCGAUGAGUUCCUGGAGCCCUACAAUGACUCGGUGCAGGCAGCCACCAAUGCGGCCUGUCGCCCCGGGCGCUACAAUGAGCAGCCGGAUGAUGGGGUCCCCAACUACCCCAAGCGCGCCUGCCAGUUCAACCGCACCCAGCUGGGGCCCUGUGCCGGGCGCACCUACGGCUACGGCGAUGGGCGCCCCUGCGUGCUUGUCAAGAUGAACCGGGUGAUCAACUUCUUCCCGGGCGACAACAAGACAGUCAGCGUGGUCUGCGCUGCCAAGAAAGAGGAGGAUGUGGCACAGCUGGGUGACCUGGCGCUGUACCCGGCCAACGGCACCAUUGACCUCAUGUACUUCCCCUACUACGGCAAGAAGGUCCAUGUGAACUACACACAGCCCGUGGUGGCGGUGCAGUUCCUGAACCUCACAGCCAACGUGGACCACAACGUUGAGUGCCACAUCCGUGCUGCCAACAUCCGGGCUGACGAUGAGCGCGACAAGUUCGCCGGCCGUGUCGCCUUCAAGAUCCGCGUCAACCGCAACUGAGCCCUGCCCCCACCCGCCUGCUUAGCCCCACCCCCUCGGGUGAGAGUGGCAGUGGGGAGGGGGCCCAGAUGCCUGGGUCCCCCCCUUCUCACAGCGGCGGUUGGGGGAGGGGGCCGGGAGCUGAGCCUGCUGCUACACUCCCCCCCUAAUGUGACUAACUCGGCUCGGGUGACCCCGCCCCCUCCUUUAACAAGCCCUGCCUCUCCCAGAUCAUGCCCCUCCCUCUUUUAAUAAGUUCCACCCCUUUCUCCUUAUGCCCUGCCUCCUUGUUUCUAAGCCCCCUCCCAAUCCUGCCCCCUCAUUGCCCCAACAACAAGGCUAGCCCUGUCCCUUCACCAACAGCACUUGUUACUACAAAGAUCUCCCUGCCCCCUCUUAAUAAGCCCUGCCCCCUUUCCCCCAAGUCCUUCCCCCUUGCAACUUAAGCCUUUUUAACAAGCACCACCCUCCUACGAAUCAAUCCCACCUCCUUCAACAAGCCCCGCCCUCAGUUUCCCAAGCCCCGCUCCCUCCCAAACCAUGCUCGUUACUAUAACGGCCCCCUCAACCCCAGAAACUCAACCCUGCCCUCCUGGAAUGCUGUAUGAUCUCUACUAAUUGCACCCCUAGCUUUGCCCCUCACUGGGGAGGUCCGGGGCUGUGACUGAUACCCCCAAGAAAAAGAAAUCCUAAUAUAAUAAUAAUAAUAAUAAUAAUAAUAAUAAAUGUACAUAGAUAUUUUUAUAUAUAUAUAUUAAAAAUUAAGGAUCUGCUAAGCCCCUCCCAUUCCCCCCACUUCAUUGUUCCCUCCACAUGCUUGCACCACCCUCCUUCUCCCACUCCCACUCCCUUAAAUAUUUCAACAUGGCUGCCCUGGCUUGCUGGGGCACCAAGAUGGCCCCCUGGAUAAGCAGAGGGUAGGCUUCAAAAUGUCUGCCAUGCCUUAGCUGCUAAUAUGGCCGCCUGAGUAUGCCUACCUUUGUCAUGGUAGGCUGGGGAUCAAAAUGGCCACCAUUGCCAUGCUAGUCCAACUGGUGCAGUGGCCAUCUUGUCUACUGGUGAGGCUCCUAGCUGGAAUCAAAAUGGCCACCAUCAUGGCCUCUCUAGCCAUGCUGGAGGCGCCAUCAUGGCUGCCUGUGUCAGGGUAGGCUGGGAUUCAAAAUGGCUUCCAUUGCCUUAUCGCCAUUAUGCUAACCAGUGGGAGGAUGGGAUGAUGGCCAUUUUGCUUCCUAAAACAACUGGCAGCUGGGGUGUAGGCUGGGAGUCAAAAUGGCCACCACACCCCAGCCAAUGAUGUGGCUGCCAGUCUGGGUUCCAAAAUGGCCACCAUUGCUGAGUCUCCAUUGACCGUGUAGGCUGGAAAUCUAGUUGGUUGCUGCCAAUGAGGUGCAGCAGCCAUUUUGUUCUCUGGCAGGGAUGGAGGAUGGUGGCCAUAUCCGAUUUGCUGGCCUCAAGAUCCAAUCAGGACCUAGGUGGCCACCAAAGGGUGGCCAUUUUGGAUUGACUGGCCUCCAUAGCCAAUGGCAGCCAUCUUUGCUAGUGAAUGGCAGCCAUUUUAGAUUCCUUCUGCUAGGCCAUGGAAUGUCAGCCAUCUUGGACCCCUAGCCUUUAGGCCCUGUGGUUAGCAUAGUUACCAUGUUGGCUAUCAAAAGGCAGCCAUUUUGGAUUCCCAUGCUCAUGUGGCUAUGGUGGCCAAGCUGUUCACAGAAUGGUGGUCAUUUUGAAUUCCUUGGCCUAGAGGGCUCUUGAUUACCAGGCUGGUACCACAUGAGCCAUGGAAGGUCGGCAAUUUUGGGUUCCCAGACUGGUCAUUACUAUGUGGGCCACGGAAUGUGGGCUCCCACAUUGGUCAUUACCAUAUGUGCCAUGGAACAUCAGCCAUGUUGGGUUUGUAGGGUGGUUGUUACCAUAUAGGCCACUGGAUGGUGGCCAUUUUGGGCUCCUAGGCUAGUCAUUCCCACAUGGGCCAUAUGAGGGCGGACAUUUUGAACUCCUGGCCCAGCCAGCCAGCAGGAACCACAUCAGUCCCGAGUGGUUGGCAAUGUUGGAUUCCCAGGUUAUCCAGCUGGCACCAGGCUCUGCAAUGGCAAAUCCUUCUCCCCGACACUGAUCCCACUUUCCCCACCAACUAGGCCACUCCUCCCCCUUCCUGUCUUGUCCGUCCUGUCUUCUUUUAAUGUACAGACCUUUUUUCUUUUUUUCACUUGUUUAAUCCGCCUCUCCGUUCUAACAUAGCAUUAUUGCACUGAGACAAAUCUCACCCUGGACUGACCCCAGCUUGGUGGCGGGGGGCGGGGAAGAAAGUCCAUAUUAUCCAUUUAAUGCCUGUUGUAGAUGUCUCUCAAGCGGCUGCUGGAACAUUGUUUGGCUGACUAGUUUGCCUCUGCCUCAGUUUCCCCCUCCUCUGCUGCUGUCUCUCUACUUUUUUCCAAUGGAAUGAAAUUCCUCGUUGUUUUGGGGGAGGGUUAAUUUGGGGGUUUUAAGUCAUUUUGCAUUUUGGUUGGGUUUCUUUCCACAACACCCCCCCCGGGCGCAAUCCUCUCUCUUCUCCUAAUGCUACAACUUCCGUUCACUCAUGGGAUGAAACCACAUAGCCCCUUGGCCUGUGUUAAUCCUUUUUUUUGUUGUUGGGGGAGGGAAUUUUGAUUUUUUUGUUGGGUUUUUUGGGGGGGGG